AUGGUGCCCGCACUGGUACUGAUGUUGCUGGCGGUGGCCCCGUAUGGGCCCGCCGUCGCGCGCAGGCAUGCUCCUGACCUCAGAGAAGAUGAACCCGCUCGGCGUACCACGAGACCUGCCGCUUUCAGGUUUUAUAAUUUUGUUAAUACCACUUGCGCCAUUGAUGACCCGUUGGCCGUUACCGUGUCAAAAUCCGUCUCGAUAGCCUUUAUGUAA